CCUCGAGGCCCAUCCCUCCCCGUGCGCUCCCCCGAAAGCAACGCUGCUCCACCUCCUGCGCCUCCGUACGCGUUCCCUUCCUCUCGCAAAUCGCGGCCGCCGAGCAAACCCUUCCCUCGUGACGAGAGAGACGAGGUAUGGGCAGCGACAGCGAGAAUAAGAAAUCCGUGGAGAGGAAGAAGCCGAUGGCCGUCGCACCCAUCGCCAAGCCCCUGGCCGGCAAGAAUCUCUGCAAGCGCACCCUCAAGCUCGUCCGACGAGCUGCGGAGGCCAAGAGCUUGAAACGGGGACUGAAGGAAGUAGUAAAGAGUGUCCGCCGUGGUCAUAAAGGAUUGUGUGUUAUAGCUGGAAACAUUUCUCCUAUUGAUGUGAUUACACAUGUGCCCAUCUUGUUGGAGGAAGCUGACAUUCCUUAUAUUUAUGUUCCUUCAAAGGAGGUUUGUUGGGAUCAUCUUCCUUUCUUUGUUUUUGUUAAGCCAGAUUAUUAGGAAGCUUCAAUCAUGAAAAAAAACACAUGUUGCCUAAUGCUCUUGUCUUUUUGCUUGACAUAAAUUAUUUUUUGGAGUGGUGCUUUGCUUCCUAAUGCUGUGUCAACACUUAUUGAAUUAUCAUAGUUACCUUUCUUUUAAAAAUAAAAGCAUGUUGACCAUUGUAACAGUUAGCCUGAUAAAAUGCAAGAUUCUUAUGCUAGCACUUGUAUAUUGUCUGUACCUGUAAAAGCACUCUCUGGUUCUCAUACUUCUGUGCAUCUUCAUUUAAAAUAUUCUAGCAUGACUGGUUUGUAUUAGUAGGUGGGUGAAGGGUUGAAAUUAUGAAAACGGAGGUUUCCAGAUAUUGAAACAUCUCUUUGAGCUACUGGUAGCUGACAUGGUUUCCUUUGGCAGUGGUUAUAACUUGCCCCACUUCCAGUUAAUGAUUACCUAGACAAUAAUAUGUUUAUCUACAGUUCUUUGUAUGAUAUAUCACUGCACACUCUAAAUUUUAUUCUUAUCAUUCUGUAUGGGUGGCGCUCUUGCUAGUCCUGCAUGACUUCUUUAAAAGAGACACUUAAAUGGCUUUAAGGUUCUGGUUAGUUUUAUAGUAAGGAGUUUGCUCGCGGUAGUUGUGGUCAUUGUGACUUACAUGAUCGAGGAGUCUCUAGAGUCUUAUUACCUAAGCAAGUGUGGCAUGAUCCAGGAUUUCUGGUUAACUACAGUUACCACUUUCUGUAUUGUUGGAAAUCUGAUCAGUAAUGGGUCAAAUACUCAUAGAACAAGGUGGGGUGUAGAAUUUCUGAUUCUGCUCAAACAGAUAGGAAAUCUCCUGCUUUGCUGCUGUCCUUUUCUUCAUGCCUCAUAUUCAGUUUUUCCCCACUUAUUUGCAAGAUCUUGCGGUUGCAGGGGUCACCAAGAGGCCGACAUGUUGUGUAUUGGUUCUAACCAAGCCAACCAAAGGGGAAUUGGUCCAAGAGGUGCAAGAGAAGUUGCAGGCAGAUUACAACCAGGUCGUAGCAGACGUAAAGGAGCUAACAACUUCCCUUUUCUGAGUGGCAAUAGUCUAAACCCAUCUCACAUGCCUUGUAUGCAUCUAAUGGAAUUAUCAUAUUUGUUCUGUUUCAUCCGAGUUGCCAGUACUGAUACUUGGGAAAGAAUUAUGGAGACUGAAUGCGAUAUUAU